CAGCUCCUGGAGAUGUCCUUUAACUGCCUGGAGGAUGUGGAGAGCACCAUUCCAGUCAGCCCUUUGCACUUAGCUGCCUAUAAUGGUCACUGUGAAGCCCUGAAGACCCUUGCUGAAACCCUGGUGAACCUGGAUGUGAGGGACCACAAGGGGAGGACAGCUCUGUACCUGGCCACCGAGAGAGGCUCCACCGAGUGCGUGGAGGUCCUCACCAGCCACGGAGCCUCUGCCCUGGUCAAGGAGAGGAAGAGGAAGUGGACUCCUCUCCAUGCUGCAGCUGCCAAUGGCAACACAGACUCCCUGCACCUCCUGAUCGACAGCGGCGAGCGAGCAGACAUCACCGACGUGAUGGACGUCCACGGCCAGACCCCCCUGAUGCUGGCCAUCAUGAAUGGCCACGUCGACUGUGUCCACCUCCUGCUGGAGAAGGGCUCCACGGCCGACGCGGCCGACAAGAGGGGGAGGACAGCCCUGCACCGAGGGGCUGUGACAGGCUGUGAGGACUGCUUGGCUGCUCUGCUGGACCACGAUGCCUUUGUCCUCUGCCGGGACUUCAAAGGCAGGACCCCGAUCCACUUCGCCUCAGCCUGUGGCCACCUGGAGGUGCUGAGGACCCUUCUGCAGGCUGCCCUCUCAACUGACCCCUUGGACUCCGUGGUGGACUACAGUGGCUUCUCACCCAUGCACUGGGCUUCCUACAGUGGUGAGGAGCUGCUGGGCUGGGGCUGA